AUGCCCCUUAACCUGCGAUUUGCUACGCCGGCCGACGGCCCGGCCCUCGCCGCCAUCUACCACUCAGCGUUCCACGACAGCCCGGUGGCGACAAAUUGUUUCCCUUCGAGCUCUCAAGCAUGCCGCCAGUUCCUCACCGCGGCCUUUACCGGGGAGAUAGGCAACCCGCGGUUCCAGUGGCUCGUCGUCACAGACUCAGACUUCAAGGACGACCCCGACCUGCCCAUUGCCUGCGCAAAAUGGGUAUAUCCGGCCAAAGACGGUGAGCACAACGUCGAGCCAAUGCCCCCGAAAGAAAUCUGGCCAAAGGAGGGUAACCCGGAGUUCGCCGACUGCUUCUUCGGCACCCUCGGGAGAAAACAUGCCGAGAUCAUUGGCGAGGUCCGUCACUAUUAUCUGGAGCUCAUCAUUUGCCGAAGGGAGCACCAGGGCAAGGGCGCCGCCACUCCUCUGAUGAAAUGGGGCUGCUCGAGAGCGGAUGAGGACGGCAGGCUGGUGUUUCUGGAGGCAAUGGCCGCAGCCAAGCCCAUCUAUGAAAAAUACGGAUUCCAUACUGUUGAUCGCCAGGACAUGACGGCACCGGACGGAGCAGUGGUAUCACAAUUCUUCAUGCUCAGAGAAGGCAAGGCUGCCGGGGAGUUCAAAAGUAUAAUGGACAAGCUAGGCAAGUCGGAAUAG